AUGUCUGGUCGUCUUCUUGUGGCCCCAGGAUCGUCACUCCCGCGGCUUCCUGUCAUUGAGCAUCCCUUGUCCCGCCUAGGUGACCCAGACACCCUUUCUCUUCGAGGAUCUAGGACAGGUGGGACAUACCUCGAUGAGGAGGAAGAAGCCCAUUUCAGACAAACUCUUCAUACAGCAUCAUCUUCUUAUAGCGACAAAAGCCUCCAUCUGGCUCCACUAAAGCAUCAAAUCCCAGAAGGCGUGCAAGUGACAGUUGCUUCAGACUCCAGCAAGACAAGGCUACCCAUCUUUGGUCAGAGAGCUGACAUCGGAAGCCGUGCUGAGAGCCGAGUGAGUGCUGCCAGCAGCAGAUCCAGUUCUGUGUCAAAGCCAGGAACCCUGAGCAGGAUCGAGGUGGAUGAGCUGGAGCAUGUUUUGCGUGAAAAAGUGAAGUCCGGCGGCUAUUACAGUCUCAGGCAGCUGUUUAAAAACAAUGAUCCUGAGGGCAAGGGACAAGUUAACAGGGAUGUACUGCUAAUGAUGUUAUCCAAAUUCCUUGGAAGGCUUAUAAGUUCCAGGAAUUUCCAGCAACUCCUUCUGAGGUUCAAGCUAAAUGAAAAGUCAAUAAUAACAUUUGACGAGCUCUACUCGGUCAUACGCGAUCCCAUACCUUCAGGACGCCCCACCUGGCUGGACCCCAUUAACAGGAGAUCAGAGAAUAAAGCUCAGAUGACUGCAUCACAGGUCCAUGCGCAGCUUAAGACAAAACAAAGGUUUUUGGAUUUUGCGGACGUGGUUUCACAGAAGAAGCCAGAUGGGGCAGCAGCGAUUUUACCCCCUGAACUGAGAAACAUAUUGGAACAAAUCGGUUUUCAUAUGGAGGACACAGAGUUUGAUAAGCUCUGGAACAGGUAUGAUGUGGAUGGAACAGGAGCAAUCAAGGCACAAACCCUUCUAAAAAAGCUAGGAAAAGAAAUUCAAAACCAUUCUUCAGACAAUGUUGGCAAAAAGGGUGAAUCCAGACAAAUGUCAAAAGCAGAACUGGAAAGGAAAGUCUCACUUAGCAUUGAAAAAUGGCUGAAAGAUAAAUUCAGAGAGGGAUUCCGGAACAUGAAAGAAGAAUUUGAAAAACACGACCCACAAAGAAUUGGCAAGGUUGAAAAGGGUGAUUUUAUUGAAGUAUUGGGGAAAUUUGGACUAAACCUCAAAGACGAGCAUUUGAACCUCUUUCUGGCACGGUGUGGUCUAGGGGAUAGUUUAUCAGGUAUCAGCUACAUUGACCUGCUAAGAAACUUUCAAGAUCGCAGUGAUAAAGGGAUCACACAUAAGAUACUCUCCAACCCAAAACACAGAUUUCACCGGGAAGGUGCGAUCAGCCCCUCGUCUACACUCACAGCGGUGGAAGCCAAACUGACAAACCUCUUCCAGGCAGAUUUCUUGGCAUUGCUGGCAACAUUCGAAAAAAUAGAUAAAUUCAGCAGAAAUGUCAUAAGCCAGCAGGAAUUCCGAGCCGCUAUAGAAAGCAGGUUUGGCGUGGAGAUUACUGAUGAAGACUUUGAGCAGCUACUUGACAGAAUCCCCCUUGAUGAAGAUGGAAAUGUCCAAUAUCCCCAUUUCAUGGCCAUGUUUGAUUCUCGGAGAGGGGUACCUAGUCUAUUUGAUGAGAAAUCUGUGUAUGGUUCUGUGUUCGAUCUACCUGAAGAUAAGAAACACCAAUCCGGAAGAACAUCUGAGCAACUGUUCAAGAUUAUUAAAGGUCUCAUACACAACAGCUAUGCAGAUGUGGAGCGGGAAUUCGAAGGUCUGGAUGACAUGAAUUCAAGGCGUCUCACGCAGGAAACUAUGUAUCACCUUCUAAAACGGUUUGAUAUCCAGCCUGUAGUCACCAGAGGAGAAAUACGCAGACUUUGGAACACAUUAAUCACGAAUCAGGACAAAACACUUGAUUAUUUGGAAUUUGUGAGGCAUUUUGGUUACUCGCCUAAAUCGGCUUGUUACCCGAAUGCAAAGAUCAAUCCUCCAAAGAAAGGUGAUGGGGAUUUUAAGAUUCGAUCUAAAAAACUGAACUGUGAUUCUGACAUCCUCAUAGACAACGUCCGUGCGAAGGUGGAGUACCUAUUGGAUGACCUACAGAAAGAAUUUGAUGAUCUUGACCCAUACCGCACGGGCUUUGUGAGCAAAGAAGAAUUCAAGGAUAUACUAACUGAACUGUGUAUACAUUUGAAUGAAUAUGAACGUGAGAUGUUGGCCAAGAAAUUUGAAUCUAAUGGUGAUGGAAGGGUAUCUUACAUUGAUUUUUUGAAACCCUUUGCAACUCGUCGGCAAGUAUGGAAAACAAAAACCAACAUGGAGGCUGUAAUGCAGAGUUCACAGGACGAGGAUGUCCCACCAAAGGCUGAAACGUCAGGCCUGGGGACACUGACAUCCCGGAUGCGUAAAAAGCUGCAGGGAGAGUGGAAGACCCUUCGCCGAGCCUUUAGGAAGCUGGACAUGGGCAGCAGUGGGUACUUGUCUUUGCCUGAGUUUAGAUCCGUACUGAAGCUGUGCAACUUUGUGCUUGAUGAAGAUGAAGUGUUUCACAUCAUGUCCAAGUACGACCAGAAUAUGGACGGUCGCAUCAACUACAAAUCAUUUUUAGAGCAUACGUGUAUGAAAGAGAAGCCGCGUGUCUCAAACACCCCUCUGGCAAGCACACUGUAAAGGGCAUAAUUAGAUUUCGGUUAUCACUUUAAAUGGGUAACGUAAAGGGCACCUCUCAGACCCACUAUCCAAUUUUUUUUCACAUUUACCUAAUUCCUUUCUCAGUUUUGAUAUUUUUAAGGAAAUUACAAACCAGCCUCACCACUGAGAGUAACA